ACUCUCCUGCUGUUGCACUUUUACGGGAGAUCUUCAUGAGCCGCAGAAAUAAAGGGUGAUUCAGCUACAGACACAGAAAGGAGAAAAUACACAUUGUUCUAGUGCAAGCUGUAUGCAGUGGCAUCCACAGAGACUUUGGAAGAUGAACUCUUCCUUGGCUGAUACAAUCCUUAUUAAUCAUUCCUGUUUAUACCAAGCUUCAGUAAUUUCUUGUUAAGAUAAUACCUGUUAUGUUGGGACCCAGAGCUCUCCUGGGAUCCUGAGGUACUACUGCAAUAGAAUUAAUAGUGAUGAAUACUCCUCUUUAAAGGAGCAGAGAAAUAAGAUUCAGUUGUUAAUAUGAUAGCUUGAUAGUUCACUGGAAAAGAACAGUUCUUCAAUUUUGGGUCAGCUUUGCUUAUCUUUACAAUGCAUUUGCUUUCAUUGUCACGGCUACGUUCUGUUGCCGUAGGUUUUGCGUGCUGGAGGCUCUGCCUCUGGGCACAGGCUUUACUGAAUGUUCAGGAUCUGGUUAUUCCUCACUCUGUUUUGAACAGUUCAGUUGGCUCUAGGGGAAGCUGACAGGGGUGAAGCACUUUACUGCCCACUGCCCAGGAUAGCUGGGAGCUGACUUUUCUUACAUAUCCUUGUACUGUUUUCCUGCUGUUCUUCAUUGUGCCUUAAUAUGUCAAGUGCUAUGCAGUUGUUAUGGAGUCUGCCAGGAGUGUGGAGUGGUGAAUAAUCACACAGAGUGCAGCAGGCUUGACAUGGCCUGUAAACAUAAGUGCACAACGUUCAGAAAACCAGAGUAUGGAAAUCUGUGGUGAGAGAGUGUGCCUUAAUUCAUAAAUGUGACAAAGAAGACUUACAGGUACAAAGUCAAACUGACUCUUCUUUCUUUUUUUAAGAAAAAAGCAUUUGUCUGUGAGAAAAUUAUAUUUCAAGUGUAGGAUUUUUUUGUCAAAGGGUGGAAAUUUCACUGUUUUUGAGACUUAGGAGUGCUGUAGCUGCUGAGAGCCAAUAGCAAAUAUGACCUAUUUGGAAAAAACCACAACUGGCUGCUGAUUAACUUUUAAGUAUUUUUCUAGUGGUUCACUUGUAGUACUGUGGAAUUAAAAUAAUGCUUAGAAAACAAAUAAGGGCUCUUUAAAGCUCAGUGGAAGCAUAUUAACUAGUUAAUCCUGGUCAAUGGAUGGUAAAGAACAUUAUCCCAAGCUGCAAAUGAGGAUAUAGGAAAUGACUCUUGGGCCACUAGUGAUGUGAGUCACUGUCACAGUCAAGAUCACAGCCCAGGCUUUUGGCUUGUGCUUCUGAAACUCACUGUGGAUUUUUUUAUUAAGCUGCAUUGGUCUGAUCCUCUUAAGGAUGCUGUGAUUAGAGAGUCCCUGUAAUAGGUUAGUUGCACAUUAACUUCAAAGUCUGGACACAUUUGUUGGUGAGUUGUCAUGGAAAAAUGCUUGUAAAUGUUCUUUGUUCCUUGUCUUGCUUGUUAGAUUUUAUUGAUAUGUGAAGCUGAGGUUGGUAGGAACUGACAUUUCAGGAGUGUUUCCAAAGGGCAGCCAGAAAAUGUCACUUGUGUGGAUCCUCCCAGGCAGCAGGUGGAGAACCAGCCUUGCUUUCUGCUUGUCCUUUAGGAGAGUGCUCUGCAGCCUGCGUGGUCAGAGAUGCAUUUCAUUUGGGCAGCACCCGUGCAGGGCUUUCACCAGCCAGGCUUGGCUUGGAAAAGGACAAAAGCCAGUCUUGGCUACAAGCACAGCACUGCUCUCAGCUCCUGCUCUGUGGGCUCUGCCCCACAGCCCUACAACCUUGUAAUUUUUUCAGUUUCUCUUCCCAAAGCAGAGGUUUUUGCUGCCUAGGAAGGGGAUGUUUCUUGGGUAGGAUCACUGGAGUAGAGAGCCCUGCAGAAUGUUCCUCAUAUGUUCCUCAGGAAGGAAAAGAGUUUUCAGUGAGUUGAUAGUUUUUAGUUACAGUUUUUAGAGUUUUUGUUACCAGCAGAAAUUUGUCAGGCCCACACAGCCACCAGCACUUGAGAGCUGCAGGGAUGAAGGAUGUCUGAGUAAGACACCUCCCUGUGACACAGCCCUCAGAGGAAAUGCCUUGAUGGUCUCUUGAGAGAGAGGGAGAUGGGCUGGUUUUGCAGUGUCUGGCUGAGUAACCAGUCGUGUUUGCCUGACAGCUUAAAUUCAUGUGCUCCCAGGAGCUGUGGUAAACACGCAGCAGUUCCUGCCCAGCACGUCUUUUACAUGUUGUGAUCUGACUUACCAAAAGAACAGUAUUAAAGAGUGCCAUGAUUUUUGGCGUUUGUUUCUAUAUUUACAAGUAUUAUUUAGGAAAAGUACAGAUUUUUCUGGACAUGUUUUCACUUUAUUUUCCAUUGCUUAUAACAAAUUAUUAGAUUUUUAAAAGGUAAAAAAGUGAAAUAUGUUCAAAAUUGUUGUUUGUCACCAAAUUUCAUAACUUUUAGCUAAAGUAAAUUACAAAUUCCCUAUAGAAGCCAGGAAGAAAAGUGAGUUGUAUGUGCAGAAAAAAAUAGCAAUAGAGUUCAGUUUUAUGUUCUUCUAAAUAUUAUGGAGUUUUCCUUCUGUUUGAGAAUGCCUCAUGUAACAAUAUUUGGGUUGACUUGAUGAGAAAUUUCCAGAAGUGAGCCUGGGAAUUAAUGUAAAAUAAAGAGGAUAUAGUUGUACAAAAAGGGCUGGAGUUUUGCAAGCAGAUGCUGCUGUUCUGUUCCACCUUUUCCUCUGUCAACCCCCCUGUGCAAUGGAGAACUUGUGUGAAUAAAUGUGUAAUGUGGACAUAAUAGCCUUCUCUGUAAUGGCCUUCUCUGUGCUUUGAAGGAGAAGCAAAAAUUAAUACACUGGUCAUUUUUAUUCAGUCAUGGCAACUGAACAUUAACCAUCAUGAGGAAAAUCAUGAUGACUUUUGUUGUGGAACAUUGUCUGUUGUUUCUUUAAAAAGUGUGCUGGGGCACUUUGGGGAAUGCUUCUCCAGAGUAACCAAACAGAAAACACAGCUAGGAGCCUCUGUGUUGCUUACCAUGAGAGCCUUUCCUGGAUCACUUGCUCUGAAAGCUUUUUGGGUUUCUAGAUGGAGGUUCACAGGAUUUUCCUUUGGAGCUCCUCUCAUUUCAAGAGCCAUUGGGUUUUUGAAGACCUGUUUGCUCAUAUCCAUCAAGUGAAUUUUAAUCAGUGUUUUCAUUCCGUCAUUGAGGGUCUAUUCACACCCAGAGGUCUGGGGUUUGGAUUUCUUGAUUUAACCCAGCCAGCAACUCAGGCAGCCGCUUGCUCACUCCACCACAAGUGGGAUGGGGGAGAGAAUCAUCACAGUAAUAGUGACAAAACUAUGUGGGUUGAGAUGAAGACAGUUCAGUAGGUAAAGCAAAAGCUGUGUGCUCAGCAAAGCAGAACAAGGAACUAAGCCCCUUUCCCAUAGGCAGGUGGUUGUUUAGCCAUCUCCAGGAGAGCAGGGCUCCAUCACACAUAACAGUGACCUGAGAAGACAAAUGCCAUCAUUCCAAAGAUCCCCCUUCUUUCUUCUUCUCCCUGCUUUACGUACUCAGCAUGGUGCCACAUGGUCUGGACUAUCCCCUGGGGUCAGUUGGGAUCAGCUGUGUCUCCUGCCAGCUCCUUGUGUACCCCCAGCCUCCUCACUGGUGAGGAGGUACAAGAAGCAGAAAAGGCCUUUGUUCUGUGCAAGCCCUGCUCAGCAAUAGCCAAACCACCUCAAUCCUAUCAACAUCUUUUCCAGCACAAACCCAAAAUGUACUAACCACCAUGAAGAAAACUUAACUCUACCCGAGCCAAAUGCAGCACAGGGUGUUGCUGAACAGAAACAGAAUUGCUUAACAAGUUUGGUGACUCAUUACACCCCACUUGAGUACAGCACAGAGAGGAUGCAUCAUGGCCACUAAUCUCAGGAAUUGCUCCUUGGUGCAGCCUGGAAGGGAGCAGAGGGUGGAGUUCAGCCUUUCAGUCAUCCUGAACUGAGGCUUGCCUACUGCUUUCAAGUUUGCCAUCUUCUUUCCACCCAGUGUGUGAUGGAAGCGGGAGUAUCUCUCUCUAAAACUCAUAACAAAAUACACAACGAAGAAUAAGCAACUUUCUUUUUUGUAUUAGAAAUUUCUUUAUAUCCUGUUUUCACUGUCUACACCAAUGGUUGAAAGCAGUAUUUGGUCUGUGGCUUUACAGGAGAGGGAAAACCGCAGGCUCCAAGAAGCAAGCAUGAGGCUGGAGCAGGAGAACGAUGACCUUGCCCAUGAGCUUGUAACAAGCAAAAUUGCCUUGCGGAAUGACCUGGACCAGGCUGAAGACAAAGCAGAUGUUUUGAACAAGGAACUUCUCCUGACCAAACAGAAGCUCGUGGAGACUGAGGAAGAGAAAAGGAAGCAGGAAGAGGAAACUGCUCAGCUGAAGGAAGUCUUCAGGAAGCAGCUGGAGAAGGCAGAAUCUGAGAUCAAGAAAACCACAGCCAUUAUUGCAGAGUAUAAACAGAUUUGUUCCCAGCUGAGUACCAGGCUGGAAAAACAACAAGCGGCCAGUAAAGAUGAGCUGGAAGUUGUGAAGGGUAAAGUGAUGGCCUGCAAACACUGCAGUGAGAUUUUCAGCAAGGAGGGGGCACUGAAGGUGCCUGCUGUAAGCAUGGACAACAAAGGCAUCGAAACAGAUGAUGAGAAGGAUGCACUGAAGAAGCAGCUGAGAGAGAUGGAGCUGGAGCUUGCACAGACCAAACUGCAGCUUGUGGAAGCCAAGUGCAAAAUUCAGGAGCUGGAGCACCAGAGAGGAGCCCUUAUGAAUGAAAUCCAAGCUGCCAAAAACUCUUGGUUUAGCAAAACCCUGAACUCUAUCAAAACGGCCACGGGCACACAGGCACCUCCGCAGCCCCAGCCGCCUCUGCCUCCCAGAGAGGGCAGCACAUAGUUCCAGCCACAGCCAGCACAAGAGCACAAAGAACAACACAGCUGAAACCUUGGAGGAUUCUUCCAGUGGUCUCUCCUCCUGGGCAAAGGACAAUGAGGCAGGAGUGCAGGCUUGAAGUGAAAUUCUUCAGUGUUUUUCAUUAAUUUUCUGAUGUGACCCUUUUCAAAGAGGGGGGGAAAAAAAAGUCCUGGUUUAUGUUGAAUUCCUACUUCCCAUACUGCCUUGCUGAAAGCCACGUUCUGAUACCUUCAUACUUUUACACUUUAUUUUAUAUGACUAGAUGUUAAAUAAAUAUUUCAAAACUAGGUCUUUAAUACACAUCUAAUUUGAAAUUAUUUUUGUCUUGCAUAGAAGGUUUUUCUUCUGGAGGAAGAGAGAGAAUGGAAAACGUACAGUACUGCAGCAUAAUCUCUCCCUAGAAAGCACAGUGUAAGACAAUGAGGAUAACUUAGGCCCUGGGACCAUCUCAGAAGUUUAUCACAGCAACUGCAUCCUGCAGAGAAGCACUUUUUGUAAAGCUUAGGCCAUAGCAAAGACAGGCUUGUGCUCUCCUGGCACAAUUGCUAUGAGCUCCCCUUACAACUUCUUAGUUUGGAUUGGUUUAUCUUCAGAAAUACAAAUAGUGCCAUUUUUGUAACACUGUUGUUUAAAGGCUAUUUACAGCUCAGCUGGAAUUUAACAGAAAGUUCCCUAGUUCCCUUUUUUAAUUCAUGUUUAUAUUAAGAAUUCCAAGGAAUAAUUCCUUCCACUGGGAUAAAGGGGGAACCUUUUGACGCUUGAUGUUUUUGCUGAGAAGCAGAGUGGAGACCUUGCAUGGUUUUGACCUUUUGUAAAUCCUGUGCAAUAAAGGGUAGGUUUUAUGAAUAAAAGUAAUGAAAACCUUGCCCUGGGUCUAUAUUCAGAUUCCAAAUUUGACACAGAAAUAAGGUAUCAAA